AUGACUCAGUUUACCAGAAAAAUUGUUCAAUUCAACCUUAAGCGUAGAAUUCAUCGUGGUGUUUUGAUUCUCAGACGUUGCAUUGGUUGUUUUUGGGAGAGCAUUCUUAUAUGUUCCCUAGGAAAGCCCAUUCGGUAUCGGAUGUUGCCACAUGCGAUGGUGCCCUUGCCGUCAUCUCCGGCUUCUGUUGAGAGUAGCUCAACAUCCGCCCCCCAGCCCAACGUGAUGCCAGUUUGUCAUACCCAUCAUCACCAUUUAGAUUCAGAUUUGGUUGCUUUGAAGAUUAGUCUUUUGGGUGAUUGUGAAACCGGAAAGACGAGUUUUCUGGAAAAGUAUGUGGGGAAUGGGAAUGAGCAGUGUGGCUUGCAGAGUGAAGGACUGAAUUUGAUGGAUAAAACUUUGUUGGUAAGAGGGGCGCGCAUUUCAUAUUCAAUCUGGGAGGUUGCAGGAGAUGAAAAAUCUCAGGAUCAUCUUCCUGAUGCCUGUAAGGACUCGAUAGCAAUUCUGUUUAUGUUUGAUCUAACUAGUCGCCGAACCUUGAAGAGUGUCAUAAACUGGUAUCAGCAAGCAAGAAAAUAUAAUCAGACUGCAAUUCCGAUUUUGAUUGGUACCAAAUUUGACGAUUUCAUUCAGCUGCCUAUAGAUUUGCAAUGGACCAUAGCAAGUCAGGCAAGAGCUUAUGCGAAGGCCCUCAAUGCAACACUCUUCUUUUCAAGUGCAACCUACAACAUUAAUGUAAACAAGAUCUUCAAGUUCAUCACAGCAAAGCUGUUUGACAUACCAUGGGCAUUGGAGCGAAAUCUCACCAUUGGUGAGCCUAUUAUCGAUUUCUAG